GCCGGGGCGCCGUCCCCGCUGCGCCGCUCCGCGGGGUAGCCGGCUGAGGCUGCGGCUCCGCGCUCUGCGGCUCCCGCUCCGGCUCUUUCCGCGGCGGGCCGUGUGCCGCAGCCAUGUCCCGAAAGCAGGCGGCGAGGAGCCGGCCGGGCAGCGGCGGCCGCAGAGCCGAGGCGGAGCGCAAACGGGACGAGCGAGCGGCGCGCCGGGCGCUGGCCAAGGAGCGGCGGAACCGGCCCGAGCCGGGCGGCAGCAGCUGCGAGGAAGAGUUUGUGAGCUUCGCCAACCAGCUGCAGGCCCUGGGACUGAAACUGCGGGAGGUGCCGGGGGACGGCAAUUGCCUGUUCCGAGCUCUGGGAGAUCAGCUGGAGGGUCAUUCCCGGAACCAUCUCAGACACCGACAGGAGACGGUUGACUACAUGAUAAGGCAGCGUGAAGAUUUCGAGCCCUUCGUGGAAGAUGAUGUUCCUUUUGAGAAGCAUGUGGCCAGUUUGGCAAAGCCUGGUACUUUUGCUGGCAAUGAUGCAAUUGUAGCCUUUGCAAGAAACCAUCAGUUGAAUGUGGUGAUCCAUCAGCUUAAUGCCCCUUUGUGGCAGAUUCGAGGUACGGACAAAAGCAGUGUGAGGGAGCUCCACAUCGCCUACCGGUACGGGGAACACUAUGACAGCGUCCGGAGGAUCAACGACAACUCAGAAGCGCCGGCACAUCUUCAGACCGAUUUCCAGAUGCUACAUCAAGAUGGAGCAAAUAAAAAAGAAAAGAUCAAGACAAAAGGGGUCGACUUUGAAGAUGGCCCACGAGAUGAAGUGGAAGAUGCUGUCCAGAAAGUUGGCAAUGCGACUGGAUGCUCAGAUUUUAACUUAAUAGUUCAGAACCUGGAAGCUGAAAAUUACAAUAUUGACUCUGCAAUAAUCGCCAUGCUUCAGAUGAACCAGGGGGAAGGAAACAAUGUGGAGGAGAACCUUGAGCCCAGUGCCCAGGUGUCGAAGCAGUGUGACCCUUCAUUGGAGGAGGCAGGCAGCGGCUCCAGUCUCAUGGAAGGCCAGACAGAAAACGGUACAGCCCAGGCCAGACCUAGUGAAGAGAAAAGAGCAAAUAAAAGCCAGAUCCUAAAGGUCACAAACAAGCAGCGGAGGGAGCAGCAGCGGCUGGAGAAGAAGAGACGGCAGGAGGAGAGGCACCGUCACAAAGCCCUGGAGAGCAGGGACAGCCACAGGGACGCCAGCAGGAGCGAAGCAGAUGCGAACACACAGGUCACCUUGGUGAAGACCUUUGCUGCCCUGAACAUCUGACUCUCGGGCCCCCAGAGGUGGGGGAUGAACGCUACGGCCCAGGUGUCCCAGCCAGGUGGCCUCCGACAGCACCCACACACGAGCCCACAGGAGUCGGUGUCCUUCAAGCUGCCUCUUGUGUCUUGAGUUUGUCAGUGUUUUGUUGGGUGACAGUAGGUGAAGCCACCCGCCUUCUGGAGCACAAAGUACUGAGUCCUCGGUGGGUCAUGGGGCAGAGGUGGCUUUGGAGCAAGGCUUUAUUUGCCCUGCAGUUCAGAGCAUGGUGAUUCUAGGCUCUUCCUUGACGUGUGGCGUGGGUUUGCUGUAAUUAUUCUUGAAGUCGUUUAGCACAAUCAUUAGAAAUCCAGUGACAACUUCCUUUGUUUCUCUCAUUUUCAAGCAGGGAUGCACGUCUUGGUUUACCAGCUCAAGAGUGUGUUGAGAUAGGAUUUGCUUCUGAUCCAGGUUACUUGGGCAUCCCAGUGAUAGGAUGGGGCGGGCGGCUCGCAGCAGUCAGGGACAUCAACUGCACCUUCCUUCCGUCUGUCUCUGGUAUCACCUCAGAGGGAGUGGCUGCCCUUCCCACUCCAGCCGUGUGCUGUGUGUCCCUGGCUGUGGGUGAGCCUGGGUUUUGUGGGGAGCUCCACGGUGCAGCAGAGUUUGGGAUGUUUGUCUGGGCGGUUAGGAGAUGGUAUGGCCCUGCUUGUGGCAUACCUCUGAACUCUGAUGUGCAGGGCUGAGUCCAUAACUGGGGGCUGGGAGGGGAUCUGAGGUUUUUCCUCGGAAGAAUCUAAAGACAGCUUCUAUGGGAGAAGUCUCCAGGAUGAAGUUUUCCAUACUUGAAUUUUAAUAACUAUGUGGGGUUUUUUGAUAUGCUAGACUCAGAAAGAUGCCUACAGAGAAAUAGCUGCUCAUUUGAUCUUACAGGUUGCUAAAUUUUCUUUUUUUUUUAUUUAAAACUCAGCACAUUUUAUUAUAGGCAAUCGAGGAUGUCCACAGUAUACAUACUCUCCCAACAGUAGGCUUUCAUUUUUAGUACCAGAAGAAACCUUAUCUUACAUAUGGACAAAGGCAAAAAAGUCUGACAUCCAGGCUAUAGAAACAGCAGCGAGAACAGUUCAAGCAGGUUCUGGUAUAAAAGUAGACUUUCUUGGGCUGCCUUUCGGCUCUGAGUAUAUCCACCAGCUCAGGACAAAGUAGCAUAAAUUUGUCUUUAAGUAUUCUCAGUUCCUCAUAGCAUUCCAGAGGUGCGGGGUACUUCUCAUGGGUCAGCUUGCUCAGCUUGGCUGUGUGACAUAGAAGGUUCUUCAGGACAAGCAGAGAGAUGUUAUUAUUACAAAAAUUGACCCUAGUAAGCUGGGAGCAUUGGCUCAGGGAAGGUGCUAAAUUUUCUUAACAUGUGAAAAUGAAAUCCCACAGCAUAGCUGGGCAUGGUGGCUCAAGCCUUAUAUCCCAGCACUCAAGCAGAGGCAGGAUUGCUGCAAGGUUGAGGCUAGCCUGGGCUAUAUAGUGAGUUCCAGGCUAGCCAGGGUUAGAAUAAAAGUCCCCAUUUCACUCCCUACCUAAGGGAGAAAAAUCCAGGAUACAGCAUGUAUCCUGUAUUUGAUUAUUUGGGUUUUCAGUACUGGGGAAGUACUUGGUGGCUGAGGCUGCUAAGCUAGAUUACAGGGGAGUAGAGGGGAGAGGCCUGUGCUGCCAGAGGCCUUUGGACGACUCGGUUCUGAAGCACCUUCAAGUAGGGAGAGGUGCUGUUCCCCAGGCUGGGGUAUAUGAAUGUUUACUUCAAACUGUCAUGUGUCGGGUGGACAAUCAGGACGAAAGUCUCUGCCUUCUGGGAGCCUGGUGUUCAGACUAACGCUGUCUGCUGGGUCAAGAGAGAAGUUACUUGUUGUCACUAGAGGUAAAAGGAAAACAAAGACACAGACACCACUCACAGCUUGUGAGUUCAUCCCGUUGUCUUUUCAGCAGACUGCUUACUUCCUCAGUUAAUGUUGUCCUUCAGUUUUCCAUUUGUUUGGCUUUGGGACUUUGUGUUUGGAACCCCAGAAGUCUCCUGGAAUCUCUCCCGGGAUGCUGGGUUACUUCCUGCGUACAGGACAUUGCAGUGGUGUGCAGAUUUACAGACUACAUGGCAUUUUUUUCCUCCUCAGCUGGAGCCUCAGGCCUCAGUCCCAGAAAGGGGAGGUGGUGGCUGCCAUGCCCUAAGGGAUAGGAGCCAGGCUGGCUCUGGGAGCCAGUGUUCUCUGGGGACACCCAGGACAGGGUCUGGGUUGGCUGAACUCAUCUGAAUGAAAGCUCUGUUCCUGCUUUGUACUGCCUGAGUGCAGGAUGCCAGGUCCUUGCAGAAAGGUUAGGUUGUUUACCAAACCCAGGGUUGGAAGUCAGAAGUGGCAGACCUGGCCUAGCAGGCUCAGAGGUAGAGACUUGCCUAGUGUGUGGGAAGCCCUGGGUUCCGUCCCCAGCACUUGAAAAGCCAGGCUGCGGCUAGCUAGCUCUCAGUAGCCCCUUGGGUACUCAGGAGCUGCUGUUUGCCUGGCUGGGGACGGUCUCUGGUGUCAGCUGCUGUGGGGCUUGUUAAAGAGUGCUUUUAUUUACAGACACCCUUGAGUUCUGAGCUCCCUGCUGCCCCCUGGUGGUGGCUGUGCAGUCUUUCCGGAUCACAGUGGCAGUGUCUUCAAAGCACUUUCCUUUUGUCACCGGCCACAUUUUCAUUGGUGUUUCUUUAACGUGCUGGUUAUUGAAAGUGGGGUGCCUGCCCCCAGCUUCAGUGUGUUGUCCAGCUCAGGCUCUGAAUGAGACUUCGCUGCCCCAGUCACAUUCAGAGAGGUGGGGGGGGGGCGCUCUAGGCAUCACCACUUUAGUGGGCACCUGACAGUUACCUCAUUGGCAGCCAAACUGAGCCCCAGUACGGUGAGCUUCAGGGUGAUGACGGUUAACACUUCCUCCAGUCCACGUCCUCACAGGGAAACUGUUCUGGGAAGGGAACAUGCCAGCCUCAGGCUGUGUCUCAGCUGCUACCUGAGAAUGUCAUGGUCCCUCAUUGUGGGGGCACAAAGGAAAGCCACAGUGUUCAUGGCAGUUCACUGCCUUAUAAACUCUGUGGAGAGGUUCUCUAGAUUUUAAGAAUAAUUUUUUUAAGGUCAAAAUAGGAAAAAAAAAAAAACAACAACAACAAACAAAACAAAAACCAACUGAUGGCAGCAACACUUUUGCCCUGGAGGCGGAUUAAUUAAAACAACCCAGCCCAACUUCUAGACAGUGCAGCCCACCAGGAGAUCGUGCCAGGAAUGCAUAGGCUCAUUUGGGUUUUCAACAGAACAUCUACCUUCGGGGAGCAGAGUCUGCUCUGCUCGGCGACUGUGGCGGGAAGAAGAAUCUGAAAUGUCCACCAGGGCUGCCUGUAGUUUGUCCUGUCAGCUCUGGAAACACGUCAGCCCCGUUUUGAUUGUGAAAGUGAGGUGGGCUGACCUCGCAGAGCAGCUGGAGUAGGGCUCAGCGGGGAGCCUUCUGGAGCUCUGGCCAUUACUCUGCUUCCCUGGGGAGCAGAGCAGGGGGAACUGCUGGGGCAGGGCUGGGACAGUGGCUGAGGUUCCCUGGAAGUGUCCGGUGACCUCUGCCAGUGGACUGCACUCAGAGACUGCACUUCACGUUCGGAGGAACUACUUUCUGCCUGGGUUUUACCAGGACAACACAGCACCCUUUUUUUUUUAACCUCUGAAAUGUUUAGCUCAGACAUCCGGCUGGGUAGAGGAAACCAGGAUUCCCCAGAAAGAGUGAGUGGACUCACCCUGAGCAGGGUGUGAGCAGAAAGGAGGAGCCUCCCAAGAGUUGUGGCCUUGGUGGCCUGUCUGGAGCCCCAUGUGGGCAUGCAGCUCUGACCUCUGGGCCCAGGCCGGGUACAGGGCUUCAGUCUUGUCCUUCCCUUCACCUGCUCUGUGCUUCCUUUCCCCUGAAGGUUGGGGGUUGCUUACACCCAGCAUUGCCCCACCAGUCCAAGAGGCACUUUUACAGGAGCAUGUCCCUUAUCCACAGAUCUACCGUGUCCAAGGUCAUUGUUGAGUUGAAGUUAGAGCUGCGUAUUUAGAUUCUAAAAGUUGAGUGCUGGGCUCAGUUGAUCGUUCCUGCUGAAUGGAGGCAAUACCAUGCCUCUGUCCUAAGUGGGAGUGCUGGGUGUGAGACUCGGAGAGAGCUGUGUCCUGGGACAGCCUGGCCCUCUGUCCCAGGUAGAGUUCUGACAGUUUCUUCAGCUGGUUCUUUCUAGAGUCUCUCUGUUUUGUAUAGCUCAGUUGAAAUGUUGAUCUCCUCACGGUCACUGGAGAAGGCUGAUAGCCGUGUAGAGGAUACUCUCCACAUAGCUGCACACUUGCACAGUGAGUUUAUGUAAGCAGGGCAUACCUGCAACCCAGGGCUCCUUUUUCUCUGUCCUGAGCCUUUGGGGUCUGGCUCAGAUCCUUCCUUGCACAUGAGCAUCCUGCAGGCCCCCCGUUUCGACCACCCCAACAGUCAGUGAAAUUCAUCAGCCCUCUGCCUGUGGUUUGAGCCCUGACAGCCCUCUGUUGAAACCUGAGCCCUGCUGGUGUGGGGCUCUUUAAGUCUUCCUAUUCUUGGGGCUCAUUUUCCAUGGUGGCUACCUCCCCAGCAUCCCUCACUAAGCACUAAGCUAGGAGAAGGGGAGACAAGGGCCUUGGGUCAGGCUCAACACCCACCACCUUGCUCUCUAUCCUGAGUGCUGGUGUUUGUCGGUCCCUCUAGAAAGAGGGCCAGUGUGUCUGCCUUCUCCGUUUUCUAAUUGCACUGUCUUUGUUCUGGCUUCAGUCUAGAGACAUCUAAGCUCUUCUUGGGGUCAUGACCCAUAGACUUAGUAAGUCUGCCUUAGCUGUGGAGCACAGAGGUGAGAACUAAUUGUUUUCUGGUGUCUGGAGCCCAUUUCCCCUAGGCUGUCUCUUUACACAGAUUGUGUUCAUCUGAAUCAUUUUAUAUUUUAUUUACCAAAGUACUGUACUUGGCUAUUUGCAGUGUUUUAAGAACCAAAUGUUUUUUGUGUUUUUGAUCUUCUACACUUGGUGCACUAGAAGCCGCAGAGACGUGCCACUUUAUCUUUGAAAUGGAUUUUGUAUACCAAUAAAUUCUAGUUUAAAAGCAGA